GAGGCGGAGAGUCAGUCUGCUCACUGUGGAGCUGUGUAGGGGCAGCAGGAGGAGCCGACACCGACAGAAAGGAGCGAUUCAAAGAAAGACGUGAACGUUGCUCAAAUGCACAAAAUUGGGCUUUGAAUUACGCCGGGAGGAACGGUCGUGCGGUUUAUCCGGAGCCUUUGGUUUGGACAGAAAGGGUGUAGACUACGGACACGGCAAUCCCCUUUACCCCCCCUAAAACAGCGAGAGGAAUCGGAAAGAGGGAAGGAGGCAGGCUUAGUGUGUUAUUGGAGAAAGCCAUUCAGCGCUGGCAGUCUAUUCCAUGUUAAUGUAAUGGAAACACCCUUUUGGUCGGUGGCAUCUGAAAUGCAUCAGUGGAAAUAUAUCAGUAACUUCCAUGGCUAAUUCUAUCAAGCAGCGGUGGCUUGAGUUUGCCAGUGGAUGCACUCAAGAGCCGAGUGCCCUGCCAUGCCCAGCGCCAUGCUAAGGCAACACAUUCAUAAUAGCAAGGAGCACUUAGUUCAACCAGUGGGGAAGCUAUGGAAAAAGUUGGUGGAAAAUCUAUGGUUUAAACCUCAAUUUUAAACUUCCUUUUUUCAUUUUGACCUACAUUUUCUCUAACGCUCCAUAGCUCAGUUGCUUUCUCUGCCAUCCACAGCGACUCUGCUUUUUUUCUCUACUUUUCACCCAGCUUGCCUUCACUCUCGCUGCUUCUUAAAACCAAGGACAGCUAAAGUGCAUCCUUCUUUUGCACCUGACAAAAUGGAUGUUCGAAUUUAAAGCCAGCCUUUGUUGGAGAUGACGAUGUGAAGGGGCGUAAUGAAGGGAACCUGAAGAGGAGGAAUAGGUGGAACAGCAGCACUAGAUCAAAAUGGCCCAAACCAGUUUGCUGAAAGGGAAGCGCUUUUACUGCCGGGAGUGGGUGUUCCAUAAGAUCCAGCAUUGCCUCCAGGAGAAAACCAACAACCUCAGUGGAGUAAUCAGCACUCCCAGUAAACAGCCCCCGUUGGCACCUGGUGGUAGUGCGUCCAACCCCGGCACCCUCACAGCAGGAUCUGCAAAGUCGGGUAGCUCCUGGGGUGUGUUGCUGGUGGGAGGGCCAGGGAGUGGGAAAACUGCACUGUGUACAGAGCUGUUAUGGCCCACAUCAGCCCAGGGAACCCACCGCGGUCUACACCAGCAAAGCCUGGCUUUCCACUUCUGCCGGGCAGAUGACUCGGACACGCUGUGCGUCGGCGGUUUCAUCCGAGGUCUGGUGGCUCAGAUUUGCCGCAGCGGGCUACUGCCAGGAUAUGAGGAAAAGGUGCGCGAUCCGGCUGUGCAGAACACUUUGCAGCCUGGAGAGUGCGAGAGGAACCCCACAGAGGCUUUCAAGAGGUGUGUACUCCUGCCUCUCUUGAGUGUGAAGCCUCCUCAGCAGGCACUCUUCCUGCUUGUGGACUCCAUUGAUGAAGGCAGUCAGCUGGGUGAGGGGGAACAGAGGUCCUCCCCGGGUUCUCCCAGGACCAUUGCAGAGCUCCUGGCCAGUCACCACGAGUUUCUGCCUCCUUGGCUGCUGCUCAUCUGCUCCGCACGACGACAGAACAAAGCCAUUACCAAACUAUUCACAGGAUUCCGCAAAAUCAGCCUUGAUGAUCUGCGUAAGGCCUACAUCGUCAAGGACGUGCAACAGUACAUCCUUCACAGGCUGGAUCAGGAGGAGGCCCUGAGGCAGCAUCUAACCAAGGAGACAGCUGAGAUGCUUAACCAACUUCACAUCAAGAGCAGUGGUUGUUUCCUUUACCUGGAACGUGUCCUGGAUGGUGUGGUGGAAAACUUUAUCAUGCUUCGUGAGAUCCGCGACAUCCCGGGCACUCUUAAUGGCCUCUACCUGUGGCUCUGCCAGAGACUGUUUGUCAGAAAACAGUUUGCCAAAGUACAACCAAUUCUUAAUGUAAUCCUUGCAACUUGUAGGCCACUCACAGUCAAAGAACUGUACCAUGCAGUCUGGACCAAAAACAUGACACUGACCAUGGAAGAGUUUCAGAAAAAGAUGGACAUUCUCUCCAAAUUAUUGGUCGAUGGCCUUGGGAGCACUAAAAUCCUCUUUCACUACAGUUUUGCAGAGUGGCUACUAGAUGUUAAGCACUGCACCCAAAAGUACUUGUGCAAUGCAGCAGAGGGACAUAGGAUGUUGGCAAUGAGUUAUACUUGCCGGGCAAAGCAGCUCAACCCGCUUGAGGUGCAGGAAUUUGCAUUGCAUCUUGUGAACUCCAAUCUACAGAUUGAAGCAUUUAAUCUGGCUCUUUGGAUGGUUUGGAAUGGAACUCCUGCUAAAGACUCUUUGAGCACCUCCAUACCAAGGGAACAGGAGGUCCUGCAGCUACUGGUCAAAGCUGGUGCACACGUAAACAAUGAGGAUGAUCAUGCUUCAUGUAUUGUACAACAAGCCCUAGAAAGAGAGGAUUCGAUAAGGACACUACUUGACAAUGGGGCAUCUGUAAACCAGUGUGACUCCAGUGGGAAAACUCUGCUGAGUAAUGCUGCAUACAGUGGAAACCUUGAUGUUGUCAACUUGCUUAUAUCUAGAGGGGCAAACAUGGAGCUAGAAGAUAACAAUGGACAGACGGCACUUACCCUCGCUGCAAGGCAGGGCCAUACUAAAGUGGUCAACUGCCUUAUUGGCUGUGAGGCCAACAUAAACCAUACAGAUCACGAUGGGUGGACUGCUCUCCGUUCAGCAGCAUGGGGUGGACAUUCAGAAGUUGUGUCUGCUCUGCUUUAUGCUGGUGCCAAAGUGGACUGUGCUGAUGCCGAUGGCAGAACUGCUUUAAGAGCUGCUGCUUGGGGAGGUCAUGAAGACAUUGUGUUGAACCUUCUUCAACAUGGCGCUGAGGUCAACAAAGCAGACAAUGAAGGAAGAACGGCUCUUAUUGCUGCAGCCUAUAUGGGACACAGAGAAAUUGUCGAGCACCUGUUGGACCAUGGAGCCGAAGUUAAUCAUGAAGACGUUGAUGGAAGGACUGCCCUUUCAGUCGCUGCUCUCUGUGUUCCUGCAAGUAAAGGCCAUGCAUCUGUUGUGAGCCUUUUGAUCGACAGGGGUGCAGAGGUCGACCACUGUGACAAAGACUGCAUGACUCCUCUCCUCGUGGCUGGCUAUGAAGGACAUGUAGAUGUAGUUGACUUGCUUUUAGAAGGCGGGGCUGAUGUGGAUCAUACAGACAACAAUGGCCGCACCCCUCUUCUGGCUGCUGCAUCAAUGGGCCAUGCAUCUGUAGUCAACACACUACUUUUUUGGGGGGCCGCUGUUGAUAGUAUUGACAGUGAGGGAAGGACUGUGCUGAGCAUUGCAUCUGCUCAGGGUAAUGUGGAGGUGGUCAGAACUCUGCUGGACAGAGGUCUUGAUGAGAAUCACAGGGAUGAUGCAGGCUGGACCCCGCUACACAUGGCUUCAUUUGAGGGCCACCGGCAAGUUUGCGAUGCCCUUAUUGAACAAGGUGCUCGUUGCACAGAGGUAGAUAAUGAUGGUCGAAUACCGCUGAUAUUAGCUGCACAAGAGGGACAUUAUGACUGUGUGCAAAUUCUUCUGGAACACAAGUCAUGCAGUGACCAGAGGGGAUAUGAUGGGAGGAAUGCUCUCAGGGUAGCUGCAUUAGAAGGUCACAGGGAGAUUGUUGAACUGCUGCUGAGCCACGGUGCUGAUAUAGAUUGCAAAGAUGCAGACGGACGCCCGACGCUUUACAUACUAGCACUUGAAAAUCAGCUGGCCAUGACAGAAUAUUUCCUUGAAAAUGGCGCAAAUGUGGAAGCUUGUGACACUGAGGGCAGAACGGCCCUGCAUGUAUCCUGCUGGCAAGGGCAUAUUGAAAUGGUGAGGCUGCUGAUUAACUACCAUGCUGAUGUGAAUGCCUGUGACAAUGAAAAAAGAUCUGCCCUCCAGUCUGCUGCAUGGCAAGGCCAUACAAAAGUCGUGCAGUUUUUGAUAGAGAAUGGCACACAUGUAGAUCACACAUGCAAUCAGGGAGCAACGGCACUAGGCAUAGCUGCCCAGGAGGGUCACAUCGAUGUUGUACAAAUACUUCUUGAAAACGGUGCUGACCCCAACCACGCUGAUCAGUUUGGAAGAACGGCAAUGAGAGUAGCAGCAAAAGGUGGCCAUUCAAUGAUUAUAAAACUUCUAGAAAAAUAUGGAGCUACAACUCUAAAUGGCUGCAACCCCUCCCCAGUGCAUACCAUGGAAGAAAAAACACCAUUGGCAGUGACUGGUAAAAUGCAGUCCCUCACCAUCAAAUCAAGUAGUUCUGGCAGCACUGGGGCAGGAGACGUGCAGUCAUCUGGACGAGGUCUACAGAACGGGCCUGUUCAUGCCUUCAGUUCACCGUCAGAGUCUCCUGAUUCCACUGUAGAUAGACAGAAAUCCUCCCUGUCAAAUAAUUCUCUCAAGAGUUCAAAAAACUCCUCUUUGAGAACCACGUCAUCUACAGCCACAGCACAGACAGUGCCCAUUGACAGUUUUCACGGACUGACAUUUACAGAACAGAUUCAGCAGCACUCACUGCCCCGCAGCCGGAGCAGACAGUCUAUUGUAUCUCCGUCCUCUACGACAAAGUCCAUUAGUCAGCAGCCAUCAUCUCCAUCCAGUGACUUUGACUGGUCUCAGCUGAAAUCCGGUCUUAAAUCAACAAAGGGAACUAAAACUGGAAAUAGCACAGCAAACAGCAAAGCAACACUGGGAGACAAGAAGAAAAUCAAGAACAGUGGCUCAACCCAAGGUCAGGUUCUGGAGUAUGAGAUGACCCAGUUUGACAAGAGAAUUGCCAUUAAUAAAUCGGUAGCUAACAUUGCAGUGAAAGAUCCUCAUUGUAAGAUCAUGAUUGGUGGUUCGGUUCAGCAGGAAAGGGGACAGUGCCAGGAUCAGUUUUUCAUACAGCAGCAAAGCUGUUCUGAGAAGAAGAGGAAUGGGAUAAUGACAAACCCCAACUAUCAUCUACAGGGUAAUCAGGUUUUCUUGGGUAGGGUAUCAGUUCCACGGACUGUUCAAAACAGGGGCCACCAGGAUGUUCUAGAGAACUAUCCCAUAGGGGAAACGGAGCUAAGCCUUAAACAAGCCCUGAAACUGCAGAUUGAAGGAUCAGACCAUGGGUUUAACUACAAAAAGGAGACUCCAUUAUAGCUGAUGUCUUGAAUGCCAUUCGUCAUGCAGACGGCGGAGAGAAUGUGCCAAAGCAACUGUUUUCAUCUGCAUUUUAAAAAUAAAAAAAAACACUUUUUUUUUUAACUUUUCAUCAGUGGGAGACCUCAAAAUGUUACCUAGGGAAGAUUGUUUUCUGCCUAAGGCUUAUGUGAACUGAUACUUCAAUGUGCCUACAUCUGUUACAGCCUUCUCCAUGUAUCCAUGCAAACUAUCAUCUUAAUUUAAUGUAAUGCUAUUUAAUAAACAGUGUAUGCACUUUUAAGAGUAAAAUGACAGACAUGCAUUUGUUCUAGUCACUCGUAUCCCAUCCAUGUUUUAUCUAAGUAACUGUUUGAGAAAACGUACCAAUGCUUUUUCCUGUUAUUUUAUAUUAAUGUUUGUUCUACUUUUUAAACACUGACAACAAUGUACUUGCGAGUACAAUGUAACAAACCAGAGGACAUAACAGUAACUGAUGCCAUGGUAUGAAGUAAGCGCAUUGAUAGUCUGCCUUUCUAGAGACCCCAAAUAAUCUGUGUUAACUUUGAGCAGCGUGUUAAACUUACUUUGUGUGUGAUAUGUCAAUAGCUAUUUUCAUCACAAGUAUAUAAAAGUGUAUUUAUUUUGGGGGAAAAAAAGCCACUUUUUGGUUUUGCAUUACAUCCUAUCAUGGUGCUGUGUUUUCAGACGUUGCCUGCAGUCAUUUUGAACUCCCAAUUUGUUGGCUAUGUAAGUUUGUGCAUUAUUAAAAUAUCUAAGAAAGAGGGAGGUUCAUCGAAAAUGUAAACAAAAAAAUAAUAAUUUUGUCCCUAUGGGAUUUUUUUUGUUUUGUUUUUGUUGUUGUUGUUGUGAGUCCUGUUUUGUGUGCAUUAAAAAAAAUAUUUAAAUAAUCCAUUUUGGUGCUAAAAGCAGCAAUGUCAAGUGAUUAAAAAUACAUUUGUCAGCACAGUUACAUGUAUAACCUACUGCAUCGCAAGAAACAAAAUCCAAGCUUUGUUUCCGUAUCGUCAUGUGGUUCAUUUUCAGUUAAUUCCUGGCUGGAUUUUUCAGGGGCAUGACACACACUCAGAAAGGCUUCAGCCAUUAAGACAACUACUAGCUGUUAGUGACAUUGUCUGUAAUGCAAAGUUGUAAAGCCAAAGUUGAAUGGGUAUAUUCUAACCCGCCUCCUCCCUGUGAGACACUGAGGAUCAGUUGGACACAACUUGAGGGGAGGAGGUGCUCAGCUGAGGGAACUGAAACAUCUGUUUCUUAUGAAUUCUAUGGAGCUGCGUUAGUGUUUACAGGCUGUGUCAUAUUUUUGCAGGCUUUUCAUAAUGUUAACGGUGAGAUAUAUAUUGCCAAGAACUGGGAUCGAGGAGUAGAAGCGUAUCGCAUGCACGAACACUUAUAAGCCCUAGUGAAAGCUCUCAGCUCUUCAGUACUACAGUAGCUCAAACGUAUGCCAUGAAGGGACGGUAGAAGGAUUCUAAGCAGGACCGGGUUUAGAAACAGUGUUGGAAAAACAUACUGUAUAGUCUUAUUAAGCAGUUAUCUUGUUUGUCUUGACUGUGUUUUGUCUGCCAUCUUUGAUUUGACUGUCAGUGAUUGGAUUGUAAAUAGCUUACCAUGUACAUUCAACUUUCAUUUAAAAAGAAUUCCUGUAUUCUAUGAAGUGGAAUUUUCUGAUGUAUAUUAAAGUGCUUAAUAAACAUAUUUGCUUUACUGCUGAAACAGA